AAGUACUUCGCACUUGAGAAUAGUAUAAGAGCGAAACACGACACAUCAUGCUCACCUUUUUGCGGCAACAUGCUCAGGACUGUGCUGAUUGCAGCGCUCGCCGCUUUGGCCGUUGAAGCAAGCCCGAGAUUCCGUACUGGAGUUCCCCAGCUGGACGGAAGAAUUGUGGGUGGAGAUAAUGCGAACAUUGAAGAUUAUCCGCAUCAAGUUUCCAUUCUUUUUUUGCACUUUCACAACUGCGGAGGCUCGAUCAUCGCCCGCAACCUAAUUUUGACUGCCGCCCAUUGUACAACGAGCUUCGAGACGAGGUUCCUAAACGUCCGUUACGGUAGCAGUAUCUACGAGGCCGGCGGUCAGGUACUUAAAGUCGCUCAGAAAUACGACCAUCCCAGUUACGAUCCUGCCCGCACCGACUACGAUCUUUCAGUUUUAAGUUUGGAGGGCAAUAUUGAGCUCUCGUCCAAGGCUAAGAUCAUCGAUUUGGUUCCCGCGCACGUCCAGGAAGGAGGCCGAAGCGCUUUCGUAACCGGAUGGGGUGCUGUCCAUAGCAAUGGCCCAGCAGCGCAACAACUCCAAGUCGCCGAAGUUUUCGAGGAAGACAGAGAUGCCUGCAAUAAGGCGUUCCGCGGCAAAAUCACCGACAGAAUGAUUUGUUUCAAGGCCGACGGUAGAGAUUCGUGCCAGGGAGAUUCUGGUGGCCCACUUGUAUCCGACGGUCAUCAAGUCGGUAUAGUUUCAUGGGGACACGGAUGUGCCAAUCCCGAAUAUCCGGGUGUAUAUUCUCAUCUGAAUAAUGCCGUUCUUAGAAAGUAUGUUCUGGACCAUAUCGACGUCCAUGCUACAAAUUAAGUUUGAGUUAUUCAUUUCGCAUUUUAGCAAUGUAGGUAGUAGACGAUUUCCUUAUACUGUUACAUCUUUGUGAGUAAUAAACUAGUACAGUCAA